AUGCAUCUACACCCCAAGCGUCAGAAUGAGCAACAACUGGGAACGCCUCAACUAGCCAAGGUUUGGAAAGACGGCAAUGGUGUCACACAUGAGGACUAUAAAGUCGUCGAGAAGAUUCAGCUCGGCCCCGGACAGUCAGCUCCCCAACAACCACAGCAGUCCCCUCAACCCCAACCACAAGUCAGCCAGAAAAAUGCAGACACGGACUCGCAUCAGCAUGAUGGUGAUCAUCAUCAGCAGCAAACUCAGUAUCACGCCCAAGCACAACCGCAAGCACAACCUCAAGCACAACCUCAGGCCCAACCCCAAGCCCAACCACAAAAGCAACAGCAACAACCUCAACAACAGCAGGCUCAACAGCAACAACAGCCCCAGCAGACACAACAGCCUUCAUCUGGAGGUAACGACGUGCUCGAUACCAUCAAUUCAAUCCGAAAACAAUGGGACUCGUCACUCAAGCCCUACACUUGGAGCGACAAGCUAAAGGGCAAUGCUUGCUCGACGGGUACCGGAAGCGAACAAGGAGGGAAAGUAGAGGUUCAUACGCUCAACCCUGGCUCGAUGGGUCAAUGCAUUGCACCCGGCGACGCCAAUGAUAUCACCAGCGCCAUGAAGAUGUGGCUAUGCGAGAUACCCAAGGCUCUCCAAUGUGGCAACUCCAAGCGUUCCGAUAUCAUAUUUGCACGAUCUGGGGAUCCCCAAGGUCACGCAAAGAUCUUCGGUAGCGCAGACUACACUCAAAUCGGUGCCUGCUACACUGGAGAUCUCUGGACCGCCGAUUUUGCUUGA